UGUCUGGCAUAUUGAACCAGGAAGUGUAAGGUGAUAGUUGUGCCUUUUUACCUGCCGAUCGCGUCAUAUGUUGGUCUUGAACAUGUCGGAAUAUGAGAGGAUUGAUCAUGGGACUGUGAACUGAGGAUAUCGGCUACAAUUUCAGUUCUGUCUUUUGUGUUGCCUGUGGAAUGUUGCCUGUUUUGCAAUCAGGACAAUAUUCCUGUGAUUCCAGACCUUCCUACUGCCAUGUAUCCAACGCUUGAUUUCGCAGCCUUUGCUGACAGUGAAGUCACAACGCUAAAAUGUUUGGGAACCGCAAUGUACCAUUCUCUUAUCACCUGAGUAGGGAGGAUUCUCCCUCUCAGAGGUCCAGCAUGAUCCGACCCAGUGCCAAAUCCAUAUACAUGCAAAGGAAGGAGUAUUCCGAAACAAUGAACAAUGAACCAGACGACUUCCAGUAUCGAGUGGAGCACCUGUUCACCUGUGAGUUGGAUGGCCGGGAGGUGUGCAAUCUGGAUGACUGCGUGGCUCGUCUGAGGAGGCUGGACGCUGCCGGGAAGGUGUGGGGCCAGGAGAUGAUCCUGGAGGUCCAGAGAGGACACCUGCAGCUCAACGACAUUGAGACCAAGGCAGAGCUGGAGCUAGUGCCUCUGGGAUAUGUAGUUCAGACUGAAGCAGUGUUGAACAGCUGUGCCUAUGACUCCCUGCUCACCAUCACAGUGCAGGAACGUAACAGACGCACACGUCAGGUCUUCAUGUUCCAGUGUGAGGAGGUCGGGGCUGAACACAUCAGCAGAGAGCUGCAAAGGGCCAUUCAAGUCGACCACGACGCUCCUCACGAGCCCCGAAGAGAACCAGCCCGUGACCGUUAUGACAUCAGAAGUAAUAUGGACAACAACAUUGGUAGUGGAUUCCAGCCCAUAAUUCUUCCUCCCAUGAUGCCUCGGGAGAGGACCCCUCCCCCACCAGACCACCCCGCCCCGCUUUACCACAGGGACAGAAGGGAGUAUGAGAGCCACCCUCCAUCUCCAGUGAACAGCCCACUACAGAAUCCUCUGCAUGGUCAGGAAAGCUUCAGAGGGUCACAGUAUAGACCCAGAGAUCAAGAGCCCCCUCAACCCCAGCCCUCAUAUACUGAAACAGAGAGGAAUGUGGAAAUUUUAAACCAUGUGUUGAGCGAUGUGGAGUACUUCAUGGGAAAAGUAUCAGCUGCCAUCUCUAAUGAAGAACAGAAAAAGAAAAAGAAGAAAAGCUCAAAGCAAAACGCAGGCAACUUGCCACCCUGGGAAGAGCUUGUCUCCUGUCUUCAGAAAAUCAAGUAUGGAUUCAACCUGCUGGGCAAGCUGAAUGGAGAGAUCCAAAACCCCAGUGCUCCAGACUUCGUCCACAUUCUCUUCACCGUUCUGGGCGUGCUUGAGUCCCACUACACCCUGGGCCAGGCCUCCAGCGUCCUCACCCCCCUGCUCAUAGAGCCAGCCCUGACCCUGCUCUGGCAGGUCGUGACCCCGGAGGAGGAGAGGCUGUGGAGGGCCCUGGGCGACUCCUGGAACAUACCCAGGGCCCAAUGGCCAGAUGGCCACAUGAUCCCGCCCUACAACCCAGAGUUUUAUGACGGGUGGCAGCCACCCAUGCCCGUUCCACCGUCAGCCAAUCGGAGCCUGAGUAGGAGCAACAGUCAGCACCUGCCCCCCAGAGAGGAAAUUGUGCAAAACUGGCCUGACGAGGGUGGACUGCUGAGCAGAAACAACAGUCAAUACAUCCAGCGGCCGGAGGAGCCCAUGAUGAAGUCACAGUGGGAUUACCAGACGUCUUCACGCGAGCGUCCCCCGGUGAGGAUGCGUGUGAUCUACAACUUCAUGGCCAGGAACCAGAUGGAACUGAACAUAAUGAGAGGAGAGAUAGUCCAGGUACUGGACAAGUCAGGUCAGUGGUGGAAAGUCCGUAAUGACCACGGCGAGGAGGGCCAUGUUGCGAAGAACGUUCUGGAGCCUCUGGAUGGAGGGGAACCCUGUGAAGACACCCAGGACGUCCGAUCCCCCCCACCCCUCAACAUGCAGUCCAGACCGGCCGAUGUAAAAGCCUGGCUGGAGUAUAAAGGCUUCUCCAAAAUAACAAUUCGUAGUCUGAGCGUGUUGAAUGGAGCUCUACUUUUGGGAAUGACCAAGGAUGAGAUGAGGACCGUGUGUCCAGAAGAGGGCGGAAGGGUUUUCUUCCAGCUGCAUGCCAUCAAGAGCUCCAUAGCGCUUGGCAGUGAACCAAAUGGAUAUGGGCCUUAGAGGUGUUUUGACCGUCUCAAAUAACAACCAGGAGCCAAUGAAGAAUUACAGUUUCGGUUUGAAGUUUUAGUUUCAACUACUAAAUUUAAGAUUUAAUCCAAUUUGUCCAUUUAUAUUAGUAUAUUUUGUGACAGGUGUACUGUCAUAUUAAAAUGUACUUAAUGUUUCCAAAUUGUUGACACCAUGUUGCAUUUUACUGUAAUUCUGAAUAUCCCUAUACUGGUAAUUAAGUUAUGCAAAUUCAGAUUAACAAUAUCAAAAUUCACACGAUCGAAGAUCAGACUUUUGCACUACCAAAACAAUUUAUCUGUAAAGCUUUUGUAAAUUCACAUUCUGGGUACAUCUUUCUGAAAAUAAAAUGAGGCAUUAAAAACUUAA